GCUAGGUUUGGUUCCCCCUCUCUCUCUCAUUCACUUGCACACACAACUGUGCUUCUCCUCUCCUCUCUCUCUCUCUCUCUCUCUCUCUCUCUCUCUCUCUCAGAAGGAUGGUUCUGGGUAUAGCUUUUGCUAUGGUUUUCUGUUUACUUCAAGCUGUUUCUGGAGAAAGUGGCAAUGCACAGGACGGAGACCUAGAAGAUGCAGAACCUGAUUACUCCUUCCAGUGCUACAGCCAGUUGGAAGUGGAGGGAGAAUUGCACUUACUGAAAUGUGCUUUUGAUGACCCAGACAUCAACAGCACUGAUCUGGAAUUUGAAAUAUGUGGGGCUCUUCUAAACAAUGAUUGCCUGACUCUUGAUAAGCUGCAAGAGACAUAUUUUAUCAAAACAGCAGAAUUUGUAAUGAUUGGUGACAGCAAUAUAUGUGUGAAGCUUGGAAAAAGAAAAUUAACUUGCAAAAAUAUAAACAUAGUCACAAUAGUUAAACCUGAGGCUCCUUUUGACCUAAAAAUAGUUUACCGAAAAGAAGCAAAUGAUUUUUUUGUGACAUUUAAUACAUCUCACUCAAGAAAGAAGUAUCUGAAAAAUUUAAUGCAUGACGUGGCCUACCGCCCAGGAAAGGGUAAAGGAAACUGGACGCAUAUACAUCUAUCCAAUACAAUAACAACAAUCCUACAGAGAACGCUACAACCAAAAGCAGUGUAUGAAGUCAAAGUCCGAUCCAUCCCCCAUGACAGAUACUUCAAAGGUUUCUGGAGCGAGUGGAGUCCAAGUUCCACCUUCGAAACUCCAGAGCGUGAGAACGCAGGGCAAUGGGAUAUUGUUUUGGCAAGUAUCGGCAUUCUGAGUUUCUUCUCUAUGGUUUUGUUGGUCAUCUUAGCCUGUGUGCUAUGGGAAAAAAGGAUUAAACCUAUUGUAUGGCCCAGUCUCCCUGAUCAUAAGAAAACUCUGGAACAACUAUGUAAGAAACCAAAAAAGAAUUUGAAUGUGAGUUUUAAUCCUGAAAGUUUGCUGGACUGCCAGAUUCAUGAGGUGAAUGGCAUUCAAGCCAGAGAUGAAGUAGAAAGCUUUCUGCAAAAUUCUCUUUCUCCACAACCUGAUCCUACACAACCCGAGGACCUGGAGAAGGAGGGACAUGGAGCAGCUGGACAAAGCCCAAACUGGCCAUCCGAGAUUUUAGAUAGCACACCAGAAACGUUCAGAAGAGAGUCACUCCUAAGAAGCCCGGCUAGAAAUCUGAGUACAUGCAAUACCCCCACAAUCCUUUCCUCUAGGUCCCCUGACUCCAGAGAUGGUGACAGGAAUAGGCCUCAUGUGUAUCAAGACUUGCUGCCAAGCCCUGGAAACACAAAUGACCCCCUCUCUCAGCCAUUUUCUCUCCAGGCAGGAAUCCUGAUUCUAGUUCCUCAGGGACAGCCCAUUUCCACUCCCUCAGCACUGAAUCAAGAAGAAGCAUAUGUCACCAUGUCUAGUUUUUACCAAAACAAAUGAAUUGUGAGAAACCUAAGACCCCCUUCUAUCACAAAAACAAUGAUCACUGGGCUACAAAGUCCAAAAUGCCUACCCUCCUUCAUAGCUCCCAGAAGACAAAGUCAAUGGGACCUUGUGACACAUCUUCAGCAUUCUGAGAAAUCAUUUUGAUAUCUUAUCUCAGAAGCAUUUACACAAAACAGGAAAAAUCAGUUUCUCCCUUGUUGGAUUUGUCUUAAGAGUUCAUAUGAGAUGACACAAUUAAAAUUACAAAACUCAAAUUAAACAAAAAACAAAGGGAAUGAUAAAAGAAUGUGAUGAAUGGUAGAAUAAAGAAGAAAAGAAGAGAAGCCCAACAGGAGCAGCUCUAUCUUUAGGACUUACUAUAUAUUCAGUACUCUAUGAUCUCAUUUCUUCUUCACAAGAAUACUACAAUGUGGGUUCAUCCAUUAUAAUUGUUAUUUUCUUUGUCAUAGAUGCCAAGGUUGAGUUCAAGUAGUUUGUCUAAGCUUUCCUUUCAGCAAGAGGUGAGGCAGCCUUCCCUUGCCAUGAACCUGUCUUAUUGUUGAGUGUCAAACAUCACCACUAAGUGGAUAAUUACAUAGUCAUUAUUCAAACUGGGCCAUUUUGGAAGAGAAAAUUAGAAGUAAUUAACAGUAAGUAUAAACUGUGUCUGUCUCAGAGAGAUGUGGAUUUAUGGUUAUUUUACUUCAAGUGGCUAUGAGGAAGAACUUAGAGAAAAAUAUACACUUAUGGAUAUGAAGUACCAUGACCAUGUGUCAAAGGAAAUGGGAGAAAGAAAAGAAACCAUCAAGCUCAUUAGAUUUUGUUUUUUUUUCUUUUGAAAACAAACUCAAGAAUCAAUAGAAGCCAAGAAGUUCCAGAGUCAGUUAUCAAGGCCAUGAUCCUCCUGCUGCUAUUACCCAUUGGCCUCCAUGUGAGAUCCCAGACCCAUAGCAGUACAUUUAACCAGUUAGUGAGUGGAAUAAUAGCCCUCCAUUGUGUGAGAUACCAUUACAAAUGACCUCAAGUUCUAUAGCUUCGAACUUUGCCUGAAGAGGGGGCUGGGUACACUUCAAUGAGUACCCCAGCUGAGACCAUGCUUAUGGAAACACAAAGAAGAUAGGUAAGUUAAUCAAAUUCAAACAUUAGUUCAUGAGUGCAAGCCACAAUUUUGUGUCUCUGCUGUGCACAGCCAAUCUCCUGAAGGAAACAGGAAAUGACUGGAAGAAACCAAUGUGUUCCUUAUCACUAAGAUCCUCUGUUUCAGGGUUGACAUUAGUUAUUUGAAUUUGGGUGUCUUUCUGGUCAUGUAUUAUAACCAUGCAUUAUAUUCAAUAACCACAGCUGCUGCUAAUGCUUGAUUAUACACUCAGGAACAGCAUACAAUGUAACAUUACUGAUUGGUUCUACCAAUUUCCCUCUUGGAUUUCAUGAAGGAAAAGCAAAACUCUUGGUCAGAGACAAUAUGCAAAACAGAGAUGUCCAGUACUACUUCCAAGUAAUGUGAAAGAAGGAUGAGAAAUAUGCAACUAAUUUGAUCAAUCAACAAUGUGUGGAUCCAGUUUCCAGUUACUCAAUUUACUUUCUAUAAAUCUUUGUCUCUCUCUUCAGUGAGGCUUCCACGGAAUUUGUGCCUUCAAAUCCAAGUAUGGGCUAUUUUAGAUGUAUAUAUUUGUGUUGUUUGCAGAACUAAGAUUUGGAACUGACAAAAAGGAUAAGAAUGUGUAUUUGGGAAUCUGGAAUUGAUACAGCUCUGGUGAUUGUUUUUUUUUGUGUGUGUGUGUGUGUGAGCUCAACAGUUUUUCUUCUGCAUUCUUUAAAACACUCACCAUUCACUACAGUGAAGUUCUCUGAGUUGACUGUGCACUUUUAAAAUGCAUUAUUAAUAUCCUGUAGAGCUCUUACAUAGAGAAAUGUAUGGCAUGUGUUACCAUUUCACAUUUAAUUAAAUGCUAAGGA